AUGUCAGAAUCGAAGAAAAUCACUCUCAAAUCCUCCGACGGCGAGACAUUCGUCGUUGAAGAAGCGGUCGCCGUUGAGUCACAGACAAUCAAACAUAUGAUUGAAGAUGACUGCGCCGAUAACGAGAUCCCGUUGCCUAACGUGACAAGCAAGAUUCUUGCUAAGGUUAUCGAGUACUGCAAAAAACACGUGGAAGCUGGUGCUGAUAAAGAUAAGAAUGUUGCUGGUGUUAUUGAAAAGGAUGAGACUUUGAAAAGUUGGGAUACAGAGUUUGUCAAAGUUGACCAAAAUACCCUCUUUGACCUUAUCUUGGCUGCAAACUAUCUGAACAUCAAGGGCUUGCUAGAUUUAACCUGCCAAACUGUGGCGGACAUGAUCAAGGGGAAGACUCCAGAAGAGAUUCGGAAGACAUUUAACAUCAAGAAUGACUUCACCCCGGAGGAAGAAGAUGAGGUCCGCAGGGAGAACCAGUGGGCAUUUGAGUGA